AAUAGGAAAAUCCCGUGGCGGCUCUCCCGUCCGCAAAAGGCACGACAACGCAAGCGUCUCCGUGCCGUCGACCGCGUCGUGGACACUGUCAGCGCUGCGCUGCAGCGGAAUGGCGGUUUGACGACCAAGGCCGUGGAGCGGUGGUACGCUGAGAUGCCCCGAGAGGAGGAAAUGGUGCCCAAGGACAAGUAUACGAUCUUUGAUAAGAAGGAGAAGAAGUAUCGGAAGGGAAUCCACAAGCUCCCCAAGUGGACUCGCGUGAGCCAGCGACUGAACCCCCCUGGUUUCUAA